GGUAAACAGUCAUGAAAAACAUCUGAUGAUUUAUAUUUAUGUUGUAUUUACGCAUUUCCUUUUAUUGUGGAUUUAUCAGCGGUUUUUGAGAACGUGAGGAAGUGAGGUGUAUGAAGUCAGUAUGAGUUCAAAGAGACCAAGUAGCACCUCGGAUGACCACGCCUGUGUAAAACAAUCGAAGUCGACACCUACAGAUCAUAUAGUUGAGAAGGGCGGGGACUGUCAUGCAGUGGACGAAAACGAAACCGCUUCAGAUGUGUCGAAUGGUUAUCUUAAUCCUGUUUUUGGAGGCGAGGGCUUUAAAGACUGUCUUGUUGAAAGAUACCGGAAAAAUGAUGGCGCAAACGAUGGCUCGUGGACAGACUCUGGUGUUACACUUCACAGUGUGCCUUUUAAGUGCUGUGAACUGAAGAAUUUCAUUGAGGAAGAUGGGUAUUUGAAACGAUUAAAACAGGACCUGGAAAGCCUAAAAUUCUUCCCAAAGAACAAUGAUUUGUACAAAUUCCACCAGAGUGAUGACUUGAAGACUGUCAGUCACCAGUCAAUUCAACACCUCAGGAAAAUAUUAUUCACCGAUUUCCGAGCUUGGUUAAUCUCUGUGACAGACAUUCUUCUCGAUGAUACAGUGGACAUGUCCUGUUCCUUGUACAGAUCAACAGAUACCCUACUGUGUCACGACGAUGAAUUAGAGGGGCGGAGAAUAGCAUUUAUAUUUUACCUGGUACCCCCGUGGACACCGGAGGAUGGGGGAAGUCUAGACUUGUUUGGUGUAGAUGACAAUGGCCAGCCCAGUGACAUCGUGAAAAGUAUCUCACCAGAGUGGAACAAGCUAGUAUUCUUUGAAGUUACACCCGUCUCAUUUCAUCAGGUGAGUGAAGUGUUAACAGAGGAGAAGUGUCGCCUCUCAGUGAGUGGUUGGUUUCACGGACCCCCCAUAGACCGACCUCAGCCUCAUUCUGAAGUCCCAUCUCCUCUGGAGCCUUGCUUGACAGUCGAUGAGCAGCUCUUCUACCAGUGGAUCAAUCCUCAAUACCUGGAUAUCAAUGUACAGUCAGAGAUACAAGACAGGUUUGAGACAGAAUCGGAGAUCGAGUUGCAGGAUUUUAUCAAUCCACAAAUGUAUGAAAGUUUGUUAGAAGUUCUCAAGAACAGAAGUUUACCCUGGGCAAAACGAGGGCCACCAAAUAAAAGGUGUUACUACCAGCUUGACCCAGGCAGUUAUCCUUCUGUUCUCGUCAACUGUGUCCAGUUUUUCCGCUCAGACGCGAUGUUUGUGGUAUUGUCUAAUCUAACUGGGUUGUCCUUGCACGAGCUGGUCAUGAGCGAUGAGGAGGGGGAGGAGAAAUCCACGGAACAGCCUCAUGCCCCAGGAGCUAAUGGGGAAAAGGAGGACAAGUCGGAUGAACAGCCAGGUGCAUCAGCAGCCAAUGGAAAGGUUGGGGGGAGACAACUCAAUGAAGGGGCCGGUCCAUGUUGUCGUGGGGAGGUGAGGUGUUGGAGGCCUGGGUGUUACACCCUCAUGGCCGAUACAGAUCUUUGUGAAACAGCAGAGUUUGCUUUAGAUGCCAGAUAUUUCAUUGGAUGUACUGAUUGGCAAACACAAUAUGGAGGAUACACAUCUUAUAUUGUCAAAGAUGAGGACGAAGAGUUAUUGACUGUAAACCCGUUCCCCAACUCUCUGGCUCUGGUGUACAGAGACUGUGACACCAUGCAGUUUAUCAAACACAUCAAUCACACAGCCUCUCAGAGAGAGAAUCCUGAAUUCUGCGACGUGUCAUUUGUGUAUUAUGAGAAAAGCUCAUAAUAUUGUUUUAUUUAUAUACAUGUACAUGUAUCUACCAGCAUGAUUUGGCAGAACAAUUUUGAUUAUUGAAGAGAACAGUGUGUAUUUACCUGCAUA